AUGUGUAUCGGAAUGAAGAUGUCAAGAAUUCUUGAUGGCGCAAGGGAGAAGCGCGUGUUUGGAUUGAGUAGGCAGAUCCUUCCUUCUUUAAACGAGUGA